GAAGAACCUGUUGGGCAAUAUAUAUACUGAACGCUGUGUGAGGAAUCCUCAAACAAAAGAGAAACGAAAAAGCAUAGGGCUUCUUCAAUGUCUUCACCUGUUAGAGCCACCGUUGUUCAAGCUUCUAGUAUCUUUUUUGAUACUCCUGCCACUCUAGAUAAGGCUGAGAAAUUGUUAAAAGAAGCAGCUGCACUGGGAUCCCAACUGGUUGUGUUUCCUGAAGCAUUUAUCGGUGGGUAUCCCCGCGGACACAACUUCGCCGACCUGUCACCAAGAGGGAAAGAAAGUUUCCGCAAGUACCAUGCUUCUGCCAUUAAUGUGCCGGGACCUGAAGUUGAUAGAUUGGCUUCAAUGGCUAGGAAAUAUAAAGUCUACAUAGUGACGGGCGUUAUUGAGAGAGAUGGAUACACAUUAUAUUGCACUGUUCUCUUCUUUGAUCCUGAAGGCAAUUACCUUGGAAAACAUAGGAAACUCAUGCCAACAUAUCGGGAACGGCUCGUCUGGGGUUUUGGAGAUUGCUCGACAACUCCAGUUUAUGACACUCCAUAUGGAAAACUUGGUUCGGUCAUUUGUUGGGAAAAUAGAAUGCCGCUGCUAAGGACAGCAAUGUAUGGCAAAGGUAUUGAGAUAUAUUGUGCUCCUUCGGCCGAUUCCGGGGAUACAUGGGUGGCUACAAUGAGACACGUCGCUAUGGAGGGUGGAUGCUAUGUUCUUUCACCUAUCCAAUUCUGUCGGAGGAAAGAUUACCCGCCUCCACCUGAGUAUCUUUACAGUCCUACAGAAGAAGAUGUCACUCCAGAUUCUAUUGUUUGGGCUGGAGGUAGUGUCAUCAUUUCACCCACCGGGGAAGUUCUAGCAGGACCCAAUUAUGAAGGAGAAGGCCUCUUCACAGCUGAUCUUGAUGUUCGAGGAGAGAUUCCUAAAGCAAAGUUCAUGUUCGAUGUGGUAGGACAUUAUUCGAGACCUGACGUGCUAAAUCUCACUGUGAACAAUCGUCCACUGCUUCCUGUUACUUUCACAUCCUCACCAUCUAAAAUCAAAGACGAUGAGAUGGAUGAAUGCAAAGAUGUAUAAAAGAUGGGCAAUUUAGGAGACUGUUAGCCUAGCUACGGUCCUCCUUCAAUAAUUUGAAUGAUUUUCGAAUAAGUCAAACAUUGUUUCCUUGUCUUUCUUUACGCUGUAAAUGCAGUCUCAUGUGCUUAUGGAGACCGCACUUCUUUAUAAAUAAAUCCUCGGUUUGAGUGUAAAAUCAUCCUUGAUUUUUUUUUCUUUCCUCGAGUAUUAAUAAAAUUGUAUUUUCCACUUA